AUGCCGUCCGUCUUCCAGCCACCAUCUCCCGCCGACCCCAUCGUCUGCCACGUUGACAUUGAAGUCGUUACCCCUGAAUACCUCAUUGGCGAGUCCGACAGCGAGACCAUGGCAGCCGAUGCCGAGGACAUACACGACCUGAAGGAGUACUCGCGGCGCCGCUUCGCCCUGCAGACGCGGAAGAACGUCGUGUCGUGGGAGCUGAACAACAUCCUCCGCGAAAUCGAGGACACGGAGCGCUACAUCGCCAAGCUGCGGCGCGAGCUCGCCCGCCUAGAUCCCAGCGACGACUCGGGACACACUCUCGCGCACCUCGACUUUUUCACGAAGGAGCUCGUCGAGCAGCGCAAGGAGCUGAAGGAGCUUGACGCCAAGCGCCAGACACUCGAGGUUUUGCUGCAAGACAUCUUCGCGCGGGCCAGAGUUCUUCAAGAACGCCGUGCCAGCCUCACCGCCAGCGCCUCCGACGAUGCCGUCCCAUCAUAA